AGAAAAUAUGUCGGGCAGGGAACCAGUUAAAUUACGUAUAUUUCCGGUAUAUGACGUCAUGGCAAAUUUUCAGUUUGUUGACAAUUUAGCUUGACAUCAAAUACUGCAAACAGUUAAUUACCUGUGUUAAAACAAUGCCUGUCAUUUUAUUAGAACGAAUACCUUUGCCAAGCCUCAGAGCAUAUACAGGAUUUAGCGUGAUUCUGUUAGCAUGUGCUGUUUUUUACGCCCACCAGGUUGUUCAGACGGCCCAAACCGAUGGACUUCAGAUUACUGAAAAUCCAAAUGAUGAGAAUGACAACCCACAGUACAUGAAUGUAUCCCUUCCAUAUGAUCAUCUCAUCUGGAAUAUGGUAUAUGUCCUUACAGCAGAGGCUUGGUGUGUAUGGACGUUGGUGAACACCGCAUAUUGCUGUCUGAUUCUUCUUGGAAAGUUAGUUCAGAAAGUUGUGUUUGGCGAACUUCGUGUCAGUGAACAACAGCACUUGAAAGAUAAAUUCUGGAACUUUUUGUUCUACAAGUUUAUAUUUGUGUUUGGUGUAAUGAAUGUACAGACAAUGGAGGAGGUAGUAUUAUGGGUAGCUUGGUUCACAGUGCUUGGUUUCUUCCAUCUUUUAACACAGUUGGCCAAAGAUAGAUUUGAAUAUGUAUCAUUUUCUCCAACUACUCCACGUUUUAUCCACAUAAAGUUACUAUCUCUACUGUGUGUGAUAGUGAUAUCAUGUUGUGGAUUACUAGCAGUGUGUGCCAUCGUAGGACUUCAAAUGGGCCUCACUAUCUUCGCCUUCAUGGCUGCAGAGUGUAUGUUGUUGGCUAUCAGAACCCUGUAUGUUGUUGCCAG